AUGGCAAAGGCCUCACCCCAAGAGGUGAGCGUGGAGAAUCCACAGAGUGGCCAGAGGGUAGAAAAGGAAACAGAAGGACUCACAGAAAACAUUGGACUUCCCCUGAAACUGCUUGAUAAACAUGACCCUUGGCCAGCUUAUGUCACCUAUAUAUCUCCAGUGGUAAAAAGAAUCAUCGAGAAAAGCAAAACUAGAGAACUGGAAUACAGGCAGGCUUUCGAGGAAAGUCAACGGGCAUCAAAGUCGACCAAACCUUCCAGCACCCUCCACCUGAAAAGAAGAAAGUCCUUCAAGUCCCCUGGAGAAGCUGCACUCAAGGAUGUGCUAUCAGAGGCUGUGUUAUCAAUGUGGGGAACUUACUCUGUAUUGGAUUCCGCUGUUGUCCCAGAACCCACAUACUUACGAAAGGAUUCCAGAGAACGUCCCACUGCAAACUAUAACAAGAUCAUUUUCUCCCAUAAACCUAUGAUGAGGAUGCUUCCAUACAGCUCGCUACCGGCCAGCAAGGAUAAACAGGCAAAUGUCUAG